CCGUGCGCAAAGCGCACGCGUUCAAAGUUUGGAUACGUUCUCCUUUACUUCGAACUAUUCACUAACGAAACUCACCAGAUUUAGAGAUUCAGCUUAUCAAAUUGUUUGACUUUUUAAAACUCUUAUUUUAUAAAAUGGAUGAUUCGGAAACCGAUACUUUGAUCGCGGUGUCGAAGCCUAAAGAUAAACCCAUGAAGUCCAAAAAACAACGAAACCUGGCUCUGGGGUCAGUCUACCCAGAGGUGAUCGAGCCGGAAAAGGACUUUUUAUUGCCACAGAAAGUGAAGCGGCGCGACUCCUCUAACCACUACGGGACCAUACCAGAAAUGGAACCAGAAAUUGCCGCCGAUUCUCCAGGUCCAUUGUCAGCUACACUGCUCAUGGUGCCGAUUGUAGCCAUGUUAGGGUUGGCUCUCGGCAUCUACGAACCACUGAUUGUUGAACUUUUCAAAAGCCGAAUAUGUGAGUACAACUUUAAUUUUACACGAACUAUCUGUCUGGAUCUGGCAAACUUUACCGGAAACAAUGCUUCGGACAUCGGUGCGGAGACCACCGAAGCCACCGCAAAAAUCACUGCCAUCAGUGGCCUCCUGUCGAGUGUUCCAUGUUUAUUCAUUACGCUGUUUAUGGGCUCUUGGAGUGACAACUUUGGCCGGAAACUUCCGAUGGCAUUGCCAUUUUUGGGGUUUAUCCUGUCAGCAUUUGUCACCACACUGGCGGCUAAUUAUCCUCUGCAUCCCUACAUCCUUCUCUUAUCUCCGUUUUCCAUGUCGCUUUUUGGAGGUUGGGUCGUGCUCCUUAUGGCGGUGUUUUCUUACGUAGCCGACUAUACUACUGCGGAGAAUCGAUCGACGGCGGUCGCUCUAGUGGAUGGCUCGCUGCUCGUGGGGAAAACGGCCGGCAUACUGGCCGGUGGUCAGUUGCUGUCGAAAUACGGAUUUACUAUACCGUUGUUCAUCUUUGGGACAUUGCCUAUCCUGGCUGUGAGCUAUGUGCUGGUGUUUGUAAAGGAACGUGGUGUAUUUGGAACGUCCCAGCAAUUCAGCUGCGCGGUAUUCACCACAAAGAAUUUGCUGGAUAAUGCGGCCGUGCUAGGAAAGAAAAGGGUGGGGAAUACGAGAAAGCAUAUCCAUCUGCUGUUGUUAUCCACUGCACUUGGCUUAAUAUUUUUGGGUGAUCAGACUGCGCUUCAGCUGAUAACAGAAAAAUCUCCAUUCUCCUGGGAUGUUGCAACAUUUACUAAGUUCAUAUCGGUUCAGAAUGUCGCUGUGGGACUCGCACUGGCUCUGCUGGUGCCCUUAUUCCGUGUGCUGGCCGCUUCCGACAUUUGGAUAGCAAUAAUAAGUUGCAUUUCCGCUGUACUAUGCAGCUAUGGUUAUGCCUUCUCCAACUCGACAGCAACGCUGCUCGUGGCUGCAGCCACCGGGAUACUACGCAACUUCCAUGUUGUUCUAGCCAGGGCUAUGCUGGUGCCCAUGGUUGCUCGAGAUGAACUGGGAAAGCUGAUGUCCGCCUAUGCUACACUCCAAGCUAUUGCCCCACUCUUCCAGUCCCUGUUUUUCGGAAGCAUCUUCGCUUUGACCGUGGCAUGGUGGCCCGGAUUUUGUUUCGUGUUGGGCAGCUUUGCUUUUGUACUCUCAUUGGCCAUCUUUUGUUACAUUGACUGGGAUCGACAAAACGAAAUUUACUCGUUGUAACAGAAAACUAAAAAUUACCUUCUAAGCUGCUUUUCUAAUGCGUGCAAAUUUAUUUGCCCAAGUAAAUGAGUUAUCUGUGGUGCUCUAAAAUAAUAACAGCAUGUUCAGAAUUAAUAACCCAAUUCAGGUAUACUCUUUUUUUCAUAUUAAAGGUGACGAACAGCCUUUUGCAAAUACUACCCUAGUAUGUAGGUGACUUCGGAA